AAAAAACUGAAGUGAUCGUACAAAUGUUGUUACUCAUUGAAUCCAUCAGAAUUCCAAUGGCCAACGGUGAGUAAUUACAUAGAUUGAUAAUGGAUAGAAAAGAAGAGAAGAUGUUGGGAAUAUUACGCCAUAAAACGAAGAUUUAUACAGUAAUAACGAUUUAUUAUCUAUUGAUUAUAAAGUACCUACGUUGUUUAUUGUUGAACUAUUAUGUAAUAUAAUGUACGUUUGUAUUAUGACCAGGAUAUGUUGACAAAAAAUGUGGACGAUACCAUAGAUAGUACGAAAAUUCUUACCAAACACUGGGAAAACAUAUUGUUAAAAUACCAUGACACAGAGUUGCAUAGUCGAAUUUUGGCAAGUCAUAUUAUACUACGUAUUCUUACUCAUAAGAGUGAUUUGUAACUAGAUAGUAAAUUAAGUAAAAAAAACUAUCUAAUCUGUGAAUGUAUUUUUUCACCCGAAAAACAUUAAAAACAACCUUACAUUUUAUUAUUAUUUAAGCUAUCGUUGUUUGACACUUUCUAUACAAUUGCAUUUUAUAAUAAUUGACAUUGAAAUGAAAUGCUUUACAUUUUAAUAUUAAUUCUAGUUUUACAUUUUUUAGUCCUCCCAAAGAUCUCUAACUGUACAAAUGGAAUUUAAAGAUAAAAUAAUAGAGAAAUUACAAAACGAGUUGGACGAAUGCAUAGAGUAUCGUUGUAGGACUGGUCAAAGAAAUUUGGAAUUGGUCAGUGCCACAUUAGGUGCAUUUAAAAACGAAAUUGAAGAUAUACAUCACCAAUACCAGGCUGAAUUAGAAUUAGCACUACCUGUAGAUUUGGCAGAACUAGAGGUCAGGACUAACGAGAACGACACUUAUUGGAAAAUGCUAAAAUAUGAUAGUAAAGUGGUACAACUUGAGAUAGAUAAGUGGACAUCUGACAUAAAAAAAAAACACAUUGAAAAUAUGGACAUCGAACGUGGAAGGUUCGAAUCAAUUAUGAAUAAAUUUUGUUGGAAAGAUUACAUAAUGCAUUACACGAAUAUGAAGGAUGUAUAUUCUUCUACUUUGGAUGAUUAUCUGAAACAAACUCAAAAUACAGCAACAGAAUACUCGAAGUUCAAAUCAACAGACGAACAAUUAUCAAUUACAACAAAAAAAUUAAAAAUUCGAAUCAAAGAUUUAUUAAAUAAAAUAAGUACCUUGGAAAAGGAAAUGGGCAAACCUAAAUUAUUCAAGGAAUUAAAUAUAUUAAUACAAAAAAGAGAUGAAGUUCAAGAGGGUUUGAAACAUUUCCGAAAUAAGGUUGCAAAUAAUUCUAAGCUCGGCCUCAGACAAAAGUCACUUCUUUGCCAAUCUACCAAACAGAUAAAUACCAUUUUAAUCAAUAUUUUGAAGAGGGGUGAGGAUAUAAUAAAAUGUAUCCACCUAUGUCAAGAAUUGGAAACACCCGAAGACAAAGCUAAUAAAAUUCCAAUAUUUGAUGCACGUGAAAAUAUUGAAGAGCCUGAUCAUCAAUCAACAAUACAAGGGAUAUUGUUUAACAUUCAAUACCGUGUAUCAUCUGUAAAAAACGAAUGUAAAAUUUUAGACGAAAAGAACGAAAAAUUACAACAUGAAAAUAAUGUAUUAAAAGAAAAAAUAUGUGACUUUGUGAAUCAAUUAGAAAUGAAAAACUCUAAUAGAUAA